CGCGUCGAGGAAUAUUGCACACCGAAACCAAAAAAGCUUUUAUUUUGAAAGGUCAGUGCGGAAAGGCGGCUCUUGUUGCAAUCAAAUUGACAGCGCUUCACUAACUGGUCGCCCUGCCCUGCCCUGCCUGAGUUUGCAGUUGAGUGCACCAAGGCUGCACGGCUGUAUUAUAUAACUUUAAUGUACUCACGGUUUAAUGGCGCAAAAAGCGAAUGACUGCGCCCGCGAUCUGUCGAUUCUCUGCGGAUUUACGCCGAGAUCGCGAGCAAAUAACUGAUCGAUCCACUUUUUGUUUUCCUCCUGCUGGCGACGCGCAUUAAAAGUUAUCGACAGAUCAGCGAAGCGGCGGUGGAUCCGUCCGGCUCCAGCUAAUUCAGCGACGUUGUUGUUUUUCCUUAGAAACAUUGUGGAGAAUGUUUUUCUGCCACACGGGGAGAGGGGCAGCAACACUUCCAGCUGAUAUUCCGCCACACAACCACAGCCGCUGCAAGGAGGGGGGUUUAUUUCAGAGCUUGAGGACAUUGCGUUAUUUCUCACAUUUUUUCCCCAGUUUGGACCGACGGGAGAUGACCUAACGGGUGGAGUCCAUCCUAUUUUUCUCACUACAGGAUAAAGACAUGGAUCAGAGUGGAUUUAAGCGCAAUGGUAAUAGAGACGACAGCCUGACAUUUGGGGAGAUAGGAGCCGAAAUAGGCAGAGAUCUAGGUGACGUGCCUGGUUCGCUGCUCCAGCCUGCGAUGCAUCUGCCCGGCCAGACCUCCAUGCCCCAGCCCACGCUGGCCCCGAAUGGACGCGGUGGAACCAAAGAGCAGGGGGACCUGGAAGGCCUCUUUGAGUCGCCUCAGCAUCACGUCCUGUGUGACGUGUCUGACAUGAAGGAGGGUAAAAUGAUCAGGAUGCAGAAGCAGCAACAGGAUAUUGGUUUAGUCGGCAUGGGGGACAACUUGCCGUUGUUGGAUGAGAGUAUUUCCCAUCUGGAGCAGACAUCCACCGCUGUCAUCAGCGCCUCAGAUACCUCCGUCCCGGGAAACCUCCCCCUGCCUGAUCUUUUUCCCAAGCACAUCAAGCAGGAGGGGAUUUUUUGUCUGGACAAGGACUUGGGAACGUACAGUGGACACACAGGCGCGUGUGAUUUGGAUGCCAACAGCAGCCGCCUGCUUGAGGAUACCGAGAUUUGGCAAGACCUGGACCUUCCGAAUUCGCUGCCAGAGAUCAGCGCUUUUGAGUUGGAUUCAGAAGUGGCACACUUGGAUAACAUCCUGAAUGAGAGCAGCGGUUCCGUCAGCGGCUUGCUAAAGGAAACAAAGCAUCUCAUAGGCACCGCGGAGGACACUGCCAGCGUGAAGGCCACAGACCAGCAGCACCAUCCCAUGCACCAUCACCAACACCAGCAGCACCUCGUCCAGCACCAGCAGCACCAGCUUCACCAUCAGCAGCCUCCCACACUUCUCUCCAGCGUCGUUAUCAAGGAGGAGAAGGAUCCCGACGACUCUUUCAUCCACAUCCGAACGCCCGGCGUGGUCAAACAGGAGAAGCAGGACAGUGCCGGUUUCUGCCAGUCCCAGUGUCUCCAGAACAGCAUGAGCUCUCUUCAUCGAGGUGGAGGCCCCAUGUCCUCCGCUAUGGCCGCUGGAGCGGGACCUAGCUACCACUACAGAGCAAACCCGCCCUCCGCAGUGGGCUUACAAGAUCAGAAGCCUUUUGGCAUGUACUCAAACCUGCCUCUGGUGGCAGAAAGCUGGGUCAGGGACAAAAGGUAUGGAGAGCCAUCUGGGAUACCAAACGGCAACGACGGGCUCAACUCUGCCGCAGCGUUUUCUGUCAACUUCGCCGGCUCGUCACCCAGAACAGGAGAGCCGAGCGGCUCCGUGGUGCCGGGUCCGUCCAAACCAGGCGGGCAGACGCACAAGAUCUGUCUGGUGUGUUCAGACGAGGCCUCCGGAUGCCACUACGGCGUGGUCACCUGUGGCAGCUGCAAGGUGUUCUUCAAGAGGGCUGUCGAAGGAUGGAGAGCACGACAAAACACAGAUGGCCAGCACAACUACCUGUGUGCAGGGAGGAAUGACUGCAUCAUUGAUAAGAUCCGCAGGAAAAACUGUCCCGCCUGCCGCUUCAGGAAAUGUCUUCAAGCCGGAAUGAACUUGGAAGCAAGGAAAAAUAAGAAGCUGGUCAAGACGAAACUGGCCCGGCUCCCUGUGCCAUCGGAGCCCGUUUCCAACAUGCCUGUCCCAGUCAUACCUAGGUGCGUGCCCCAGCUCGUGCCCACCAUGCUGUCUGUGCUGAAGGCCAUCGAGCCGGAGAUCAUCUACUCGGGAUAUGACAGCACACUGCCAGACACUUCAACGCGGCUCAUGACCACUCUGAACAGGCUGGGGGGACAGCAGGUCAUCUCUGCAGUGAAGUGGGCCAAGUCACUCCCAGGCUUCCGCAACCUGCACCUCGACGACCAGAUGACGUUGCUGCAGUGCUCCUGGCUCUUCCUCAUGUCUUUCAGUCUGGGCUGGAGGUCGUACGAGCAGUGCAACGGUAGCAUGCUCUGCUUCGCCCCCGACCUUGUCAUCAACAACGAGCGCAUGAAGCUGCCCUUCAUGACCGACCAGUGUGAGCAGAUGCUGAAGAUCUGUAAUGAGUUUGUCAGGCUGCAGGUGUCCUAUGAUGAGUACCUUUGCAUGAAGGUGCUGUUACUGCUCAGUACAGUACCCAAAGACGGCCUAAAGAGCCAGGCGGUUUUCGAUGAGAUCAGGAUGACCUACAUCAAGGAGUUGGGAAAAGCCAUCGUAAAGCGAGAGGAGAACGCUAGUCAGAACUGGCAGCGCUUCUACCAGCUCACUAAGCUACUGGACUCCAUGCAGGAGAUGGUCGAGGGUCUCCUGCAGAUCUGCUUCUACACCUUUGUGAAUAAAACCCUCAGUGUGGAAUUCCCAGAGAUGCUGGCAGAGAUCAUCAGCAACCAGAUACCAAAAUUCAAAGAUGGGAGCGUCAAGCCUCUGCUGUUUCAUCAGAAGUGACUGCCUUAAACUGUGAAUCAAUGCCUUAAACCCGGCCCUGCCCGUGUACCUCACCGGGGCCCACGAGCGUCCGCUUAUCCUGCCUCCGUCGUCGCUCUCGUUCAAGUCCCUCGGUUUCGCCUGGGCCCCGUCUAGGAAUUCUGCCACGCCCCUCCAGGCCUCAGCCAUUCAGCCUAAUUCUUGGAGCACAAUACCUGUGGUCUCAAGCCUCCUGUUCCAGCCCCCGCGUUUGGAAAACUACAGUAUGACUCGCUACCUACCACCGACCCGCUGCCCCUUUUUCUUGGCUGACCGAGAAAAUCCGGCCUCUGAAUGUCUCGUGUGUUUCCAGCACCUUCACCUCCGAUGCCCGAGCGUCCCUGCCCGAUCUAAUCCCACCCACGCAGCCCCUCGAUGAGAAGCCGACACCUUGCAAACACCUUUUUCCCCCCUCUGACAACAAAACACCUAAUAGACUUUUCAGGCUGCCGGGAUUAGCAGCUGAAGCCUCGCGUUCCUCCGCUCCCUCUGCCUUUGCUCGUCUCCGUUUGCCUCUCCCAGCUUCACUGCGCAGCGAAUGUAGUGAGUGGACACUAUUUCUGGGGGUUUCCAGAGGACUGUUGGGGCGAUGAGGGGGAUGAAACAAAAACUUUAUGACGGGAAAGACCUUUAUUUUCUCCUCUGGAUCCAGUUACGGUGAGAACAAACUGUUUUUGACUGUGAAUCCGUCGUCGUUUUUUUUUUUUUUUUUUUUGGAAAUGAUUUGAAUCAGAUUUAUAUCCCUGACCAAUGGAAGAAAGAAAGAAAAAAAAAUCAGCUCGAGGAAUAUUCUCCAUUAAUUUUAUGCAGAUGCACGUUUCUGACAGCACAUGCAGAAGUCACACUUGCACACACACGACGCACACACACGCACAUACAAGCGCAUACAAAGUGUACACACAUUCACUCAAGCAAAUGUUUACACAGGAUGUAUCUGAGGGAAAACCAGUGCCUUUUAGUUUUUAACCUCUUCAUACUCAUCCUCUCUAAACAACUGUCCAUUUUUCAUUUUAUUUCAUUUUUUUUGCAUAAUAAUCAAGCGUUGACUUCAUUCUGCAUAUUUUAAUUUUUUCAUUCACAACUGGCAAAUCUCUGUUUUCCUUUCAAGCUGCCAUUUUGUUGGAUGUUUGUUAAGGUUUUUUUUUUUUUCCUUUGUUUUUCUGCAGCUCUGUCUCUCUGUGCAUGUAAAGAAUGAAGUUAGCCUAAAGGUACUGAUGAGAAAAUAUGAAACGUUCUAUGAAAUUAUAUUAUUUAUGUAAAACAAAGCACAAAGAUAAUCAAGAAAAUGUCCCAGAACACAUUCGGUUGUGUUUCUCUCUUAAAAACCCACGAGACACGUAUUUAAUAAACACACUGCGUCUCCCAGACAGUAUUAAAUCAUGUUGAAAGCUCCAUUAUCCAGAUAAUUUAACGAAACAGAUAUAAUGAACACACAUGCAAAGUGCUCCUUCUUCAGCAAAGACAAAUCCCACAUUGUCCUUAAAUUAAAUAUUUGAAUCAAGGCCUUAGGAGGAAUUAGUCAAUGUUUGCAAUUUAUUCAGAUGCAAUCGUGCAAAUCUUUUCAACCAUCUUUAUUACUAAACUGCAUUUAGUUAAAAGUCAAACGUACAGGAUUUUUACUUCAAAAAUGAUGAAGCAUUGACUUAUUUUACAUAUUCAUAUAAGUUAUAAACCUGAACUUUUCCAUUGGCCCAGUAGAUCUUCACCAUGGAGCGACUCCAAACCAGCUUUUUAUCCACAAAUGAUUUACUGGCGGAGCUUCAGUUAAACACGCAGCCCUGCACUGUAACCUGCUUUAGUUUUACAAUUAGUGCAACUGGUCAACAGCCUAAUGCAAAACCGAUUAGAGUAUGUAAUGCAAAAUGAAAUGACGCUGAUAAGGCUUCGCAGGCGUAGAAGUAGUUUAUAAAGGACUUAAUCUAAUACGAUAAACAAACGGAGAAACAUAUAUUCAAAGCAUAAUUAAUUAUGUUUCCCUUCUUAUCAGAACAGGUGUGAACUGAGAGGUUAAAGGCUGUUUUUAUUUCAUUUUACCUUAAUACUCUGCACGUUCAUUUUAAUUUCUCGAUUUUAAAAAAAUAAUAAAUAAAUGAAUAAAACAUUUACCUGUAAAUGAAUCAGUAAAUAACCAAAGCUGUGUUAACCAGUAACUGUGCAGGACUCUGGCUUGAAGUCAGAACCUGCCUUUUCAUUGCCAGUUGCUUUUUUUUUUUUUUUUUGCUUUUUUUUUGUGUAGUUCAGUAAAUAGUUUCACACACAGCUCCACUGUGACCCAGCGAGUCCGAGUCCCAACGGGGUCAUACAUGAAUUUAGUUUUAGUUUCUUGGAAUCUAAAAUAUUUCUGGAUCCACUAACGAUUCUUUACUCAGUUUCACGCAAAACACCAUCUUUAGGUUAAAUGUACCUUUAUCUCAGCAGACUUGCACAAACGGGGACCGGGGUUCUAAUUAAUUAGUCGACACAAAACACACACGAGUGUAUAUUUGUUUUGUAUAUUGGGUUAAGAUUGAUUUAUCCUGUAAAGUUUGAAAAAUCUUUGGAAGAUGCAACAGUUCGUUCCCGGUGAAUCUAUGAAUCUCAAGCUCAGGCGAUAAGUGAUCGUGUCACUCGGAUGUUGUUCCACUAGUGCCAAAACGCAACAGCUUAAAGGUUAUUUCCCACCUUUUCUUUCCUGGAGUCGAGCGGUUGAUCUGAUCAUGAGGUUGUUGUCACUUUGCUUCAGGGUGCUCAUUUAUGAGAAGAAUCUUUAGCGUCACACCUGCACCAGCGUAAAAAUCACUGAUUGUUCUCACUGUUUUCUCUUUUUUUUUCUUUUUGCCCCAAAACCCAGAAGAUAUAUUGUGCGUUUGAGGAGUUUUCUCCCGUCAUUUUCUGCUGAUGUCACACACACACAGGUCAGCAUUUCGUACACUUGCAAUGUGAAGACAUGUUCAUAUCAGCUCACGUGACGGCCAAAGCUCCUGUUGUGCGACGGCUCCUGCAGAAAUGGGCGAAGCGUCCACCAGCUUUCAGACGACAGCCCCCGUUUCCCCUCCACGUUUUCCCUCCACGUUUCCCCUCCACGUUUUCCCUCCCGCGUUUUUCUUGUCGCCGCCUGAAAAUGUCGACUGUAAAUAAAUCUAUUUUUUUUUUUUUUUCCUUUUUCUGCUGUUUACUCUGAAGAGUGCUCAUCCUCUCUGCAGCACAUAACUCUGAAUGCCAGUUUAAAAGACCAGGUAGCAGGUUGCCAUAGAGACCAUUCAUUUGUGUGUUACUUACAGCUAACGGCGCAGCGGGCUCUGGAUGUGUUCAAGGCGCUAUUCAAUCAGAGCCGUGGUUUUUUUUUUUUUUUUUAAAUCAGCCAUUGUGCUAAAGGGUGGUCACUCGCAGCAGGGUUGUUUCAUGUGCAGUUCAGUGCUUUCAGCUCCACAUGCCAGCCCCCCCCCACCCACCCACCUGCCCCCCCCGCCCGCUCUGUGUGGCCGUAAAAAAAUAUUAAAAAAUAAUAAAAAAUGCACGGGCUGCUUGUAGGCUACGUGUGUGGGUAAGCUGCGUCCAGUAUUAGAGUUGUUCCCAGGUCAGGUUGUGGUGCGUCCGAAAACCAGCUUUAAUGUGUGUCGAUGUGACCCCCCCCCUCCCCUCUCCUCCCCUCCCUCAUUGCUCCUGCUCAUUUCUCAACGGCUAUAGGUGUAUAUAGCAAUGCUGACAUAUCCAGCGCAAUGUAAACAAUUGUGUAUUAAUACAAAGUAUUUUUACAUUGGCAUAACCUCUAUACAUCUUUUACCUUUCAUGUUUCGACUAAAGGCCUUGCAAAAGGGAGACAGAGAGCCAUAGAUUUCAAAUCAGGAAAUAGAGAAACGCUUAACAAAUAUUAAUGCUUUUAAAGAUUGAGCUAUUGUAAAAAAAAAAAAAUAAAUAAAAAAAUAAAAAAAAAAAAACAAAGAAAGAAAGAAAGACACACAAAAAGACAAUAUUUUCUGUGAUUUUGAAUACAUCAGCUUGAUCCUCUUUGAUAUGACUAAUUUUACUCAAUCAUUUUUGUACAUUGAACGAGUCGAGAAAGUUAAUAUUUUCCUGUUUGUCGGUUUGUGUUUGAUAAAGGUAGGCGUGUUGAAUACAUUAGGAAGUGUUAAAAAAACAUGUUUGUCUUGUGAAGUAAAUGUAAAUUCUACGAGUCGGUGGAAAAAGAGUUCUAUAUGGACGCUCACUGUGUUUUUAAAGAUACGAGGAAACGAGGGAGGGAGGGAGGGAGGGAGGAGUGAAAGGUGAGAAGGUCUGGGGGAGAGGAGGGGGGGAGGGUUUCUUGAGUUUAUAUAAAGAGUGACCAAAGCAGAGGAGGGUGAAAAAAAAAUACAAAAGAAGUAUUCAAGAGCAGUUACCUUUUUUUUUUUUUUUUUUUUUUUUUUUUUUAAGUAGCAUUUAAAUAUCCAACUUCUCGUUUUCUUUUAAAUAUGUCUUUUUUGUAAAGGUCUAGGCUUUGGAUCCCAUGUAUAUUGCUGUGAGGAUUUGCUGGUCACUUUAAAAUAGAAAAAAAGUUGAAUCUCCGUGUUAAAGCAAAGUUACCAGACGGAAUUGCACUACCCUGAUAUUGGUUGAUAUAGUCUAUUUUGUAUAAAAUACAUGCAAAUAUUAUCUUAUAAGAUUAAGGGCAGAUUAUGUUCCACUGGUAUAUAUGGCUAUGGCUUUCACUGAAGUCUGUUUUGUUCGUAUUUCAGUUAUGUAAAUGUAAUCCAAUGUAAAGAAAAAAGAAAAAAAAACAACAACAACAGAAAAUACAAAAUGUUUGUUUUAAAAAAUAGUUUGUAUUACUUCUGUAUUACACCUCUUCUGUAGUCAGUGUCGAUAUUUUCACCUAUUUGAUUAAAUGUUGAAUUAAGUUAUCUGUGUUGUCCUUUGGGUUCGGCAUCGGUUUGGCAUGGAUGAUGUUUUUGUCAUCUCCGGUUGAAAGUGGAAAAUGGGAAAGAACAGAUUUCUCUUCAUUUCAAACAUCUUACACAAUAAAUUUUCCUGUUUUUCAACACUGA